GAAAAAAUAGAGAGAGAGAGAGAUGGAGCGAAAACAAACACUCUUCAUCCUUGUAAUCAUUUUCACAUCAACCAUUCUCCAAACCGAAUCCAAAUCCACUAACCGGACCGUACCGGACCGGUUUAUCGAGUCAGCAUGCCGUGCCACUCGGUACCAUUCACUCUGCGUCCAAACUCUCUCAGCCUAUGGCACCAAUAUCCGACACAACGACCAAGACCUGGCCGUGGCCGCUCUUACCGUCAGCCUGGCUCGAGCCAGGGUCGGCUCCGCCUUCAUCUCCAAGCUAGUCGGGACCCGGGCCCUCCGUCCUAGAGAGAUGCCAGGGAUCGGACCAAGAGACUACAUGGCGAUCAAGGACUGUGCCCAGACAAUGGGCGAUAGCGUGGACCGUCUGGCUCAGUCGGUCAAGGAGCUGGUCCGAGCGGGCGGUUCUGACUCACCAGAGGACUUUAUGUGGAGGAUGAGCAAUGUUCAGACGUGGGUCAGUGCGGCUCUGACGGACGUGUCCACGUGUCUUGAUGGGUUCGGUGGUGGUCGAUCCACGGACGGGAAGGUGAAGGGCAUGGUUCGGAACAGGGUGAUCCACGUGGCUCGCGUCACAAGCAAUGCUCUUGCGCUUGUUAACCGGUUCGCCGACCGGCGAAGUGUUAAGAUUCCGUAAUGGUUGGUUCUUUGUGUGAAAUGUUUAUUAUGUGGGAAAAAUUCUGGUUUGGUUCAUGUGAAUGUAUUUGGGAGUUUGUGUAACAAAUCUAUAUCUACUUAAGUGUAAAAAAAUGCAAAACCUGUAUAAUUAUUGAAAAAAAACAGUGUAAUUUUUAAUAAUUAUUGGAAA